UAUGCAUUGGACCGUCUUCAAAAACAGGCCGUUAUUUUAGACAAACUCGUGGAGAUGGCCAGAGCAGGGCAAGAUGUUGACCUACAUGCUGGUAAGUUUGAACCAUAUUAUUAGGCACUUCCGAGCUUUAUCUUUAUGCUAAAUAUCUUUAAAUAACUUUUACCGAUUUGGGAAAAAAAAUGAUUUGAAGGUUUUCAGCUGGCAUGGCAACGUUCUCCUCAUGUUUCAACAUGUCUCUUGACUUGAUACAAAUGGAUGGAUCUGAUUGAAAACAAAACAUUCACUGCCAUCACUCGUGUUCAAGACAAAACAUUCACAAUAAAACCUUUCAGUUCAAAAUUUUCAUCACUUGUGUUCCAGUGCUAUUAGAAGAAACGAGUGACAAGACACUGAGAGAAUUGUGGGUAUUGUGUGUUGACCAGACGCCACUCUACGUCCACCCAGAAAAAAUCAUCUCUGUCCUUGAGAGCAAAUUUGGUCCCAAGAUGGCUGAACAUUUUGACAUCAAGCCAACCAGAGGUUAAUACUUGCACAUUUCUUUUUUGUUGACCAUUUCCCUAAUCUCAGAAAUGUUUUAUAAAACAGAAUUUUAUUAAAGGUGAAAAAUUUCAUAAAAGAUUUUUUUGGUCAUCUUAAGAAUUGCUUUGAAAAGAUUACUCGAGAGCCUCUAAUCAUAAAUAUUUGUAUUUCCUCCAGUUUUCCACCAGCUGAUGUCUCGUGUCUUAGACGUUCCGGCCUACGUCCCCGAUGUCGGAAAGACUUCAAUCAUAACACUGCAUCAGUUUAUGAUGUACUUCAAAGAUGGUGAAGGUCUGGCCAAGAUGGAAGGAAUAGCACAGGAAUGUAAGUACAAAAUGGCUCUGUAAGAUUUGAGGCAUAUCUAUGUUAACUGUGAGUACACAUUGUCUGAUCAGGACAAAUUGCUGUUUAAGAUCAGAUGUAUUUCUAUGUUAAAUGAAAACAAUUAUUUUUCUUCAUUAUUCUAUUAUUGUCUUUUGUUUGUUCAGAUAUAAGGUGGAUUACUUGUGCUUUCAAAAGUAAGAUUAAAGGAUGAAAUCAAUCCUUUUUUGUAGAACUUUUAUAAAGGAACAGAUUUUUAGGCUUUUGCAGAAUUGUAAUUGAAAGUUAGUGUUAUGAUUGACUAAGGCUGGCAAGUUAGUGUUAUGAUUGGCUAAGGCUGGCAAGUUAGGGUUAUGAUUGACUAAGGCUGGCAAGUUAGUGUUAUGAUUGGCUAAGGCUGGCAAGUUAGUGUUAUGAUUGAUUAAGGCUGGCAAGUUAGUGUUAUGAUUGCCUAAGUCUGGCACGUUAGUGUUAUGAUUGAUUAAGGCUGGCAAGUUAGUGUUAUGAUUGGCUAAGGCUGGCACGUUAGUGUUAUGAUUGAUUAAGGCUUGCAAGUUAGUGUUAUGAUUGGCUAAGGCUGGCAAGUUAGUGUUAUGAUUGGCUAAGGCUGGCAAGUUAGUGUUAUGAUUGACUAAGGCUGGCAAGUUAGUGUUAUUGAAAAACAAUUGAUCCAAGAAAAGUUUAGUGAUAAAAUAUUUUAUUAUUACAGCGUUUGUUUAAAGAAACUUAUUGUAAUUCCAAGAAAAUAAUACAUCAGUUAUUUGAAACCGCGGUGACCAUAUGAUUUUAAGAAGACUUUCCUAAUCGUAGUUGAUUAUUUCAGUACGCCUCAUGGAUCGGCUAAGCUCAGGCUCAGUUGACACUGUCAUCAAAGCCAUUCUUACCUUGAGAGAGGAGUUACCUGGCCCGGCCUGCCUGAAAGGGAUGUGCAAGAUCCUGGCCGGUGGCAACAGAGAAACACAACAAUCCGCCAACUCCUAUCUUAGAAUAAUUCACAGAGACAAGACAAAGAGAGAUAAGGC